CGCCAUUAAACUCUUUAACGUGUGGAGGGAAAAUGUUCUAAGGUGUCUACUUCCGUUACUAUGAAUUGGUUUGUAUUUUAGACAAGGUGCUUGUUUGUACACAUUGCCCACACAUGUUGACUUAGCCUAGUCGAUGCUUUAGCGACGCAUCAGAAAUCAGCAUCCAUGAUGGGGCGGAUUGGAAACUCAGAACAUGUGAAAAACAGACAGAGUUCCAUAAAAAGUUCCGAAUCAUAUCACAUCCUGGAUAUUGAAAUAGACGGGAAUAUCAACGCGUGUUCCAGCAAACUUUGUGAUGUGUCGGACAGAGAAAUACCUCUCUACAAAUAUACAGACAUUCCAGAUUUCCUACAAGGAAAUCCUUACGUUAUACAAGGUUACAGGGUCAUGCUGCCCUUUAGUCUGUGUUUAAAAAGUAUAUUUGUGUGGAGCAAUGAAAGUAUCAACAUCUGGUCACAUCUGUUCGGCUUUCUUCUCUUUGUGUUGCUGAUGCUGUAUGACAAUUUUGUUAUUUUACCCAGAAUCAACAGUUCCUUUUCUGAUCAUUUUGUGGUCACACUUGGUUUGCUUUGUUAUCAGGUAUGCAUGUUGUGUUCUGUUGGUUUCCACAUGUUCUGCUGUCACUCAGAGCGCGCUAGUCGCCGAUGGUUGGCUGUGGAUCUGACCGGGAUUUCUCUUGGAGUUAUCGGGUGUUACCUACCCGCUGUACAUUAUGCAUUUUAUUGUUUGUCUGUAUGGAGAGACGUAUAUUUUAUCAUCAUCACCAUUCUUACGGUCAGCACAAUAGUAAUUCAGCUUCACCGCAAGUUCUUCUCCCACGGCUGGUUCCGAUACAGAAUCCUUAUCUAUGUUUUCCUGGCAGGGUAUGGUGUUUUACCAACCAUGCACUGGAUUUACCUGAAUGGUGGACUACAAACUGAAAUUGUACAGUUGUUUAUACCAAAAGUGAUGACGAUAUAUUGUAGUGGUGUUUUAGCCUUGGUAUUUUAUCUCAGUAAAUUUCCCGAAAGAUUUUUUCCAGGUUCCUUUGAUUACAUUGGUUCUAGUCAUCAAUGGUGGCACUUAAUAGUUGUGGGUGCCUUCAUCUACUGGCACUAUGCUGGUCAGGAAAUCUUACUCUACCGGCAGAGUCACCAGUGUCUUGUAUAGUCUUUGUUACUGUGAUAUUACUGUUUUAUUUAUGUUGUAAGGCCGUGAACAUAAUAAACUCUUUCAUCAAGUCUGAA